AUGUUUGGCAAUUGGAAGUUGGCGGCAACUUUUAGGCCUUUGGGGCGUCUGCGUUGGCUGAUGGAAGGAAGCUGGAACGGCUUCCUAGGAGCUGCAUUGUCAGCUAAGCGAUCUUUAAUAGGACUGCACUCGGAACAUUUUUAGAAAUUUUCAGUAGUUGCUUAUA